AUGUUUCGAGCCAUCUGGCGCCGGCCCUGGGCCAGGAACAGCCCUCGGUUUGAUGUCGUCCAUCUGCACCGAACCAGCAUUCGGGAACCAUGGCUCAGGCGGAACUUAGGCAAAUGCGGCGCAACCCUCGCCUGCGCAUACUUUAUGCUCUACCUGUUCGAAAGAAAACUCGCCGAAAUAGACAUGGAAAGCCUUCAAAAACAUGAAGAAGACAUUUACUUCCCCGGGUUCUUCCUGCCGCUUCCUCACUUCGAACUACUGACCAAGCCCACGGGGUUCCCCCGGAGCGGUCCAGUAUGGGAGCGAUAUAUGCGCUUUGUAGAGGACGAGUCGCGGCGGCAAGCGGCUAAUGCGGAGAUUAUCGGCAAAGUUAAUAGUGCAUACAAGGCACCUGGCACGCCAUGGGUCAAGAGGUUUGGACCAGCUUUAUCAGUCAACGCAAACCUAACCAUAAUAUUGCCUGGUGGACCCAAUCCAGAGCCCUACCAGUUGGGUAUGGUUGUGUUAGACGACAACGACGGUCCCUUGUUCCGCAGACGCCUCGUCACACGGAACUACUGGAAGAGGGUUGAACGGGUGUUUCAUCCACAGGCCCUAUUCAUGGCUUCCUGGGCCUUUAUGUCUAGUUUGUGGGAUACAACAGUCGUUGAAGUCAAGCAGGCCAUGGGCAUUAAGACUCAGUCUACGCCGUCGUCGCAAUCACAACAAUGGUCACUCCGCGACGUGCCGGUCUGGACUCCCGACCCUCCCAAGCAGCCUUCAAUCCGUAUAUUGGGACCGUUACCCACAGGCUUACCUCCGGCAUUUGGCGCUUCGAAGCCGGUCGUUUCACCGCCAGCACGCCCAGGGGCACCCAAAUAUGACGGGCCUGGGAAGACCUCUCCCUCCUCCCCAUUGCCCCUUAUCACGCCCUCCGGGAUCAACUCGCCUGCAGGCGAAGACGAUUCGCGGUCCUUGGCGAACAACGCGGAUAAAGACCAACAGCAACCACGGCCCGGCUGGACAGACGAGGAAGGCAAUCCUCUGAUGCCAAUGUGGCUUGACUACAUGGCCAACCCGCAGACACACGCACCCCUGAUGAAGAGGCUGCAAGCCUUAUCGCAUGCGCCUCGGGCUGCGUUUUUGCGAGAACUCAGCAGAUACCCGGCAUGGCGACCUCAAAGUACGUACGAUUAUCCCCCGCAGGGGUGCAUCAGGCUUGUGGGCGGGGUGGUUGUGACGACGCCUGGCGCAUUCAUCCACCUGGACGUAGCGUACUGGUACGAUCCGGCGACCAGGAAGGUAAUCGAUCAAGGCUCUGAAAUCAGCCUCAAGGCCGUCGGCCACAGAUGGGACACAAACAAACCACAGCAGGUGUCGCCAAGAACGACAGUGGAUAAGUGGGAACCUGUUCAGGGCACAGAGAAGAACGUACAGCCAAGAGAGCCCCCAGAACGCAAGGAAUGA